UUGAAUUGAUCUGACUUUUCGAACAUUGGGACAACUAGAAGGGGGGCAGCUUAUGGAGGCAGUGUAUGUUGGCCACACACACGUAGAUGAAUCGACUUCCUGGUUAUCAUCUUUUAUACAACACAUCCCAUUCUAAAAAAAGAAAAGAAAAGAAAAGAAAAGAAAAAAAACAUCAGUUUUUGUGGAUUAAUGGCUUUUGUUGGAAGCAUGAGAAAUGUAAAAGCUCUUCUUCCUUUUCUCUUUCUCUUUCCUUCUUGCACUGCAAUAUCUACCAUUACUCCCACACAACCAAUCAAAGAGGGCCAGACCCUUCUUUCGCCCGGUGAGGUCUUUGAACUGGGAUUCUUCAGCUCUAGAACUUCCACAAACCACUAUGUCGGGAUAUGGUACCACAGUGUCCCACCCCAAACGGUGGUUUGGGUGGCCAACCGAGAAAACCCACUUAAGGAUUCAUCUGGAGUUUUCGCGGUAAGUGGGGACGGCAAUCUAGCGGUUUUAGAUGGAAGAGGAAACAGUCUCUGGUCAUCAGGCACUUCCACCACAUCGAACGAUACAACUGCAACGCUUGAAGACACAGGCAAUCUCAUUCUUAGGAUUGGAAAUUCAAAUAGUAGCAUCUUAUGGGAGAGCUUCGAUCAUCCAACGGAUUCGUUCCUGCCACUGAUGAAGCUCAGGGCCGAUCUAAAGACAGGGAAGAGGACGAUUCUAACAUCUUGGAAGGGCGAAGAGGAUCCUUCCCUGGGGAGUUUCACUUUAGGCCUUGAGCUUCAUAUGAUACCACAAAUGCUCGUAUGGAAUGGUUCGGCCCGAUACUGGCGAAGCGGGCAAUGGAAUGGAAGGAUAUUCAUUGGGAUGCCGUACAUGUACAACGUCUACCUUAACGGUGCCAACUUGGUUACAGAUGAAGAGAAGAAGACAAUCUACUUCACAUAUUCUUACUACACUGAAGAAUAUACAAGAAUGUGGAUUGAAUGGUCAGGUGUGUUCAAGACGUCGAAUUGGAACCUACAAAGGAAGGAAUGGUCCAUUCCGUGGACGUACAUGCGUACGAGGUGUGGCCUUUAUGGCCUGUGCGGGCCGUUUGGGAUUUGCAAGGACUCGGGCUCGCAGAUAUGUGUCUGUAUGCAAGGAUUCGAGCCUAAGUCGAUUGCUGAGUGGAGUAGCGGGAAUUGGUCAGGUGGGUGUGCAAGGAAAGCCCAGUUGAAUUGUAGUAGUGGAGGGAAAGGAAAUGGAUUUUUGAAGAUUGGAGGAGUGAAAAUGCCAGAUUUUUCAGAUUGGAAGCGUGGCGUGGGUGAUGGAAAGACCUGCGAAGAUGACUGUCUGAAGAACUGUUCUUGUAUCGCCCACGCCUAUGUUGGUGGAAUUGGGUGUAUGAACUGGGGUGGAGAUUUGAUGGAUAUUGAAGAAUUCAGCUCUGGUGGAGAGAAUGAUCUUUACAUCCGUCUGGCAGAUUCCGAACUCGGUGGAAAGAGAGGUAUUAAGGCAAUUAUCAUAGUAGUAAUGGUGGUUUUAGGACUACUUAUCAUUGUUCUGUGUGCCUACAUUUAUAGGAGGUGGAUGACUAAACAAAGAGAGUCAGGUAGGCAGAGCAGAGAGCAGGCAUGUAGAAAUUCUUUGGAUGAAGAUAUAUUACUGAGAGGCAUGGUCCACGAAACAGAAGGCCCGGAACUACCUAUGUUCGAUUUCAGGAUCAUAGCAAAUUCAACAGACCAUUUUAGUCAUGCAAAUAAGCUUGGAGAAGGAGGUUUUGGUCCUGUUUACAAGGGAAAUUUGCAAAGCGGAGAGGAAAUAGCUGUGAAGAGGCUCUCAAAGAGCUCUGGACAGGGCUUAGAAGAGUUCAAGAACGAGGUUAAACUGAUAUCCAAGCUCCAGCACAGGAAUCUUGUUAAGAUUUUGGGAUGUUGCAUUGAAGGAGAAGAAAAGCUGUUGAUAUAUGAGUACAUGCCCAACAAAAGCUUGGAUGUCUUUCUCUUUGAUCCAAGCCAACAAUCAGUACUAGAUUGGGCCAAACGCUUCCACAUUGUGGAAGGGAUUGCUCGAGGGCUUCUUUAUCUUCAUCGAGAUUCGAGAUUGAAGAUUAUUCACAGAGAUCUCAAAGCAAGUAAUAUUCUACUAGAUGAAGGCUUGCAACCAAAAAUAUCAGAUUUCGGUAUGGCAAGGAUUUUCGGAGGUGAUCAGAAUCUAGCAAGAACUAACAGGGUUGUGGGGACUUACGGUUAUAUGUCCUCGGAGUAUGCUAUGGAAGGACGGUUUUCCGAGAAAUCUGAUGUCUUUAGCUUUGGGGUCUUGUUGUUAGAGAUUGUGAGUGGUAAGAGGAACUCUGGAUCUUUUCACCAUGAAGACUCUCUAAGCUUGUUGGGUCAUGCAUGGCUACUAUGGAACCAAAACAAGGUGUUGGAGAUGAUUGAUCCAGGGUUGAGAGGCCCAUUUUCACAAUCUGAAGUGCUGAGAUGCAUCCAUAUAGGGCUCUUGUGUGUGCAACAGUUUGCGACAGAUAGGCCCACCAUGGCAUCUGUAGUUUUCAUGCUUGGCAGCGAUAUCGCAAAUUUUCCUAUUCCAAAACAACCUGCGUUUACUGAAAGGAGAAGCCCGUUGGAAUCAGAUUCAUCGCAAAGGAGCUGCAAAAUAUGCUCAGUGAAUGAAGUCACUGUUACCAUCAUCCAGGGAGGAUGUGUAAGGAAAGCCCAGUUGAAUUGUAGUAGUGGAGGGAAAGGAAAUGGAUUUUUGAAGAUUGAAGGAUUGAAAAUGCCAGAAUUUGCAGAUUGGAAGCGUGGCAUGGGUGAUGGAAAGACCUACGAAGAUGACAGUCUGAAGAACUGUUCUUGUAUCGCCCUCGCCUAUGUUAGUGGAAAUGGGUGUAUGAACUGGGGUGGAGAUUUGAUCGAUAAUGAAGAAUUCAGCUCUGGUGGAGAGAAUCUUUACAUCCGUCUGGCAGAUUCCGAACUCUUCCAGCUACAAAAGCAAGCCGCCGUUCCUCUCACUGGCUUUUCGGCCAAAAGGUCUCCAAGCAAGUCUCCGAAACCCUCAUUUCUCUUGAUUUUUGCUCGGAAAUCGCCAUUUCUUUCUUCAGUUCCAACCAUUUCGUCGAUUGAUGGCAAAAGGAGCUUUGGAAUUCUUGUUUAUCAGACGUGCAGGAGGGAAGCUCAUGAAGAGGCUAGUUUUGGGUGGGUUCUAUUUUGGACUGCCUCUCGAAUCAGAUGUUCUGUUAAUCAAAAUUCCAAUCUUCUAUUGCUUCUUGCCCUAAGUGAUGGUGUUAAAGACAUUGAAGGAGAGAGCGAUGUGCAAUGCAAAUACGGUAGAGAUUUGACUUUGCUCCCGAGGCCUCACAGUGUCUCCAUCUUGGAAUUUGGGGCUGAAGGAGAUGGGAAGACACUGAAUACACUUGCAUUCCAGAAUGCCAUCUUCUAUCUUCGGUCGUUUGCCGACAAGGGCGGGGCUCAGCUCUAUGUUCCAGCAGGCAGGUGGCUCACUGGAAGCUUUAAUCUCAUCAGUCAUCUUACCCUCUUCUUGGAAAAAGAUGCUGUCAUCCUUGGAACUCAGGACUUAUCUCUGUGGCCAGUCGUUGAACCCUUACCUUCAUAUGGUAGAGGGAUUGAACUUCCAGCUAUAGUUGGUGCAAUAAAUGACCUGAUGAGAUACUUGCGCAAAUGCUUCCUGUGCUCCAUUAAAUUACCAAAAUUGGGAGAUGCCAUAAAUGAGCAAAGGGUUGCUCUGCAUCCUUCUCUAGAGAAGUGCCUUGUACAGCUAGCAAAUAAGUUUGUGAUUGCUGUAGAUGAUGAAAAUGGUGAUGAAGAAGGAGAUCUUAUCAUGGCAGCAUCUCUUGCAAGUUCUCAGGCUCUGGCUUUUAUGAUUAGGCAUGGCUCAGGAAUUGUAUCUGUUGGGAUGAAGCAAGAGGAUCUGGAGAGGCUGAGCCUUCCUUUGAUGUCAAUUGGCAGUGAGAAUGAGGAUCCAUCCGCCGCAGCUUACACAGUGACAGUGGAUUUGAAAACCGGGGCAUCUACUGGAGUGUCAGCCUCGGAUAGGGUGAAGACUAUUCUUGCUCUUUCGUCUCCAGAUUCUAAGCCGCAAGAUUUCAGAAGACCAGGCCAUGUAUUUCCACUCAAGUAUAGAAAUGGUGGUGUUCUAAGGAGAGCUGGUCACACUGAAGCUUCAGUGGAUUUAGUUUCACUUGCUGGCUUGCGGCCUAUAUCUGUUCUUUCUGCAAUUCUUGAUGUUGAGGAUGGCUCUAUGGCCCGAUUACCCGCUUUAAGAAAGAUAGCCAAGGAGAACAACAUACCAAUCAUCUCAAUCUUGGAUCUCAUCCGGAUUUUGGGGGACGUUCCCUGUCUUCUAGGCUAUCUUCACCUUCCCUCAAGAGCGUGCAAUGCUGACAAAAGAGAGGUCUUCAGGCAUGUACAGGCUCUCCUCUUACUUGAUGUGGAGGAUGGAUUGAUGUUACUAAUUCUAGAUUCAGGAAGGAAGAUAAAAUGGCAGGAAAUGGUGUUGUUUCAUAUGGGCCCGAAUCUACAUGCAUUCAGAAACUCUUCAGAUGCUGAUAUACGGAGAGAUGGUGUAAACCAAACGAAAGGCCCCGAAUUACCCAUUUUCGAUUUUAAGAUGAUAGCAAAGGCAACACGGCAUUUUAGUGAUGCAAAUAAACUUGGAGAAGGAGGUUUUGGUCCUGUUUACAAGGGCAAGCUCCCUGAUGAACAGGAAAUAGCAGUGAAAAGGCUUUCCAAAACCUCUGGGCAAGGAUUACAAGAAUUCAAGAACGAGGUAAUGCUCAUUUCCAAACUCCAACACAGGAAUCUUGUUAGGCUCUUGGGUUGUUGCAUCGAAGGAGAAGAGAAGCUUUUGGUAUACGAGUACAUGCCCAACAUUCUUUUUGAUCUGUGCCAGCAAUCAGUACUGGAUUGGGCGAAAUGCUUCCACAUUGUGGAAGGGAUUGCUCGAGGGCUUCUUUAUCUUCAUCGAGAUUCAAGAUUGAAGAUCAUUCACAGAGAUCUUAAGGUGAGUAAUAUUCUACUAGAUGGAGACUUGAAUCCAAAGAUAUCGGAUUUUGGCAUGGCAAGGAUUUUCGGAGGAGAUGAAAAUCUAGCAAGAACUAACAGGGUUGUUGGGACAUAUGGCUAUAUGUCCCCAGAGUAUGCCAUGGAAGGACGGUUUUUAGAGAAAUCCGACGUCUUUAGCUUUGGUGUCUUGUUGUUAGAGAUUGUGAGUGGUAAAAGGAACACUGGAUUUUAUCACCAAGAACACUCUCUAAGCAUGUUGGGUCAUGUGUGGCGUUUAUGGAACGAAAACAAGAUGUUGGAGAUGAUUGAUACUGCAUUGGGAGAUUCAUUUUCACAAUCUGAAGUGCUGAGAUGCAUCCAUGUGGGGCUCUUAUGUGUGCAACAAUUCGCAACUAACAGGCCAAUCAUGUCUUCUGUAGUUUUCAUGCUAGAUAGCGAUAUUGCAAAUUUUCGUAAACCCAAACAACCUUAA